CAAAAAAAAAAGAAAACACAUUUCAAAUCCGAACAGUUUUUCGAUAGGUGGCGUUUUGUACUGUUCUCCAUUUUCCUUUCCGGUUUUGAUAGAGCAUACGAAAGCAGAAGUCUUGUCUCCCUUAACAAGUCUAAUUUUAGUUACCCUCUCUCAGGAUAUGGAUCAAACCGAUGACAUAUGUGUUCUCUGUUGUAGAAAUAUAUCGAUUUAUGCCGUAGGUUUCUGCGACCAUCACGUAUGUUACGAAUGUUCAACUCGAAUGAGAGUCCUCUGCAAGCAAAACGAAUGUCCAAUAUGUAGGAGCGAUCUACCAAAGGUUGUAUUUUCUCAAAGAAAGAAGACUUUUAAUGAGUUGUCAGAAGUUUUAUAUCCUGUAGAUAAAAAAUAUAAAAUUUAUUUUGAAGACAAUUAUUGUCGGAGAGCUUAUGAAAAAUUGCUUGAACAUAGCUGUAAAAUAUGUAACCAGAGAUGUAGUUUUCAUAGUUUUGGACAUUUAAAAAAUCACAUGCGUAGAGAACAUGAAUUAUUUUUCUGCGAAUUGUGUGUAGAAAACUUACGGAUAUUUACUUCAGAACGUAGAUGUUAUACUAGAGAAGAAUUAGGUCGUCAUAGAAGAAUUGGAGAUAAAGAUGAUACUUCACAUCGUGGACAUCCAUUAUGCAAAUUCUGUGAUCAGAGAUACGUCGAUAGUGAUGAACUCUUUAGACACCUUCGACGAGAACAUUAUUUCUGUCAUUUCUGUGAUGCAGAUGGUUUAGCAAAUAAAUUUUAUAGUGACUAUGAAUAUCUCCGUAAUCAUUUCCGUCAGCAACACUAUCUAUGUGAAGAAGGAACAUGUCGCGAUGAAAAAUUUACUGCAGCAUUUCGAAGUGAAAUUGAUUUUAAAGCUCACAAAGCUGUUCAACAUAGUAAAAAUUUAAGCAAGGCUCAAGCAAAACAAGCUCGAACUCUAGAACUUGAAUUUACAAUAAGGCCACACAGUUCACAACAUAAUAGCUCAUUAUCAUUACAUUCUGAAGGAAGGGUCCGACGUCAUGAUAGGUAUGAACCUCAGAAUAAGACGUAUCAACCAGUGAACUCUCGAAAUGAAACAAGAACAGACAGUCCAGAUUUUGGAAAUGAAUCUUAUACUGUAAAAUCUAAACAAUCUUUGGAUACUUGUAGUGAAGAGCAGUUCCCAUGUUUGAGUUUGUCUGCUUCUGCAUCAGGUCAGAAUACUUCUAAAAUUAAUAACAAAACUAUGGCUAAUUGUUUGAACAAGGAUACAAACAUGAAAUCUUCAAGUAGUGAAUGGGUGGUGAAAAAAACAAUUGGGCCAAAUGAUAGUGAUUUUCCUGCCUUAAGAUCAUCUGUUCACCUUCCAGGAGGACAGAGUUCUGCCUCAUCAUCUUCUGAACUUGUAGUUAGUUCUGCUAGGCAUCCUAUAAAUCAACCACAUAAAACAGUUUUAUUUCAUUUUAAUAGUCAAAAUAGUAAGAAAAAUCCAACUCGACAUGCCACUAAUGUUUCCAUUAAAGUUGCCAAACCAAAAAAGUUAAAUCUUUCAGUUGAAGAAAAUCAUUUUAAUUCUAAAUGCAAUAACAAUAAUUCAAUGCAAUCGUUAUCUCGGACAGAAUCAUCAAAAACAGAAUUUUACACUGGUACAACUGGAUAUCACAAUGGGGCAGUCAAUUCAGUAAAGAGAUUAGUCAAUAAAAAGAUAAAUAAUGAUAUUUUACUUCCUUCAAAUAGUGCCGAAGAAAAGAAAACAAAACAGCAGGAAUUACUGAUACCUGUUUCAAAAGAGACAUCAGAUAGGAGUAACGGAGAGCAGACACAACCAUAUAUUACUGUUAAAUGUAAAUCAAAAAAGAAGAAGUCAAAGACAAUUAGUUUACUUUUAGAAAAUGAAUUAAAACAAUCAGAAAUGAAUGGCGAACAUGAAAACAAAAAAGAAAAUUCUGUGACUAGUGAAUAUAAUCACUUAUGUGAAAAUGGAAAUACUGAAGAAUUGUAUGAUUCUUUAAAAAUCAGCAAACUCAAUCAAAAUAGUGAAAAUAGUGAUUCAGAUGAGUGUUUGAAACAGACUAAAAAUUUAGCCAUUAGUGAUUUUCCAGAACUUCCAUCACAAAUGGAAAAAAAGAUUUCUGCUCCACCAGGUUUUGUUACAAAUAUUGUUCCACCACCUGGCUUUAAAACUGAAAAUUCUGUCCAAACCAAUUCUGUGCCUAACAUUAAUAUUUCCUCAAGUUAUCAUAACUACAUCGAACCUCCAGAUUUUCAAUAUCGAAACAUUGUACUAAUACAAGAAAUUCAGAAACUUUUAAGAAGCAACGAAACUCUAUUUAUGGAAUUUAAAGCAUUGUCUGGACAAUUCAGACAAUGUCAGAUUUCUGCAAAGGAAUAUCACGAAAAAUGCCUUGAAAUGUUAGGAAAGGAUAAUUUCAUGAAAGUAAUAUCUGAAUUAUUAGUGUUACUACCAGACAUUAAGAAACAACAAGAAUUAUUAAAAGUUCAUACUUCAUUCUGUCGUAAACAGGCAGAAAACAGUGGCGCUGUACCAAAGAAUAGCACCUGGAGCGAAGCAGAGAAGGAUUUCGACUUUGUUGUUUGUGACUUCUGCAAGCAAGUACUGUGGAACAAAGAUUUUCAAAGUCAUCAAGCAAGGCAUACUAAUAGUGAUUAUUUAAAUGAAGAUGAAGUAGUAAAGAAUAGCAACUAAUUUUAUAAAAACAAAAUGCAAAAAUUUACUUUUGCAUUUGAUGAGUUUAAAAUAUUUAUUAAUUGCCAAUGCCAUUCUAAGCUUUAUUAUUUAUCUUCAUUUUGGAUAAUUUAACAAUGAGCAAAAGUAGUUCAGUAUUUUUCUGUUUGUUUUUCUAUUAACCAUCACUCAGACGAAAUUUUUCAAGUACAUAAAAAAAAAAUCUGACAUAAAUUUUCAAUAUUAUAAUAGUAUAAAAAUUGACAAAUAUCAAAACAGUAUGAUUUAUUACAAAAUAUUCAGUUUAGUUCUUGUUUUUAAAAACACUUAAGUUAAUUAAAGUGAUGGUUGUUUUGUUUAUUAGUUUAUUUAAGAGCAAAUGCAUUUCUGUUCUCUAUCAUUACACUCAAAAUACUUGUAAAUUGUUGUAAAGAAACAAACAUCUAUAAAAUUUGUUGAAUAAUAAAAACUAAAAUAUGAUAUUUUUGACUUUAUGAAUAGAAAUUACAAAAUAUUUUAAAAAAUAAUAAAAUUUUCAACAUUAAAUCAGUGCUUUAUUUUUAAAUAAAAAUGCCAUGAAGAACACAGACUUUCAUUUUGUAACCUAAUACAGGAAAUCUACAUUAAUUCAAACUCAGAUAGUUCGAAAUUUUGUUAGUUCAUAACUACUUUUGUCCCUGCCAGAGAUAUAGGGAUUUACAUGUUAAAUAAUUCAAUUAGUCAAAACACAACUACUUUGAAAUUCAAAGUGAAAAUUCUGUCCAAAUUGUGAUAUGCAUAUGUUAACUCAUUUAUUUUGUACUUCCAUUCUAUAAGAACAAUAGACCAAGAACAACUCUAAUCUGGUUAAUAUGGCUUUACUUUAAUAGUAAAACAUUUUUGGGUGUCACCACACAUGUGGAUUACCCUUUAUUCCCUUAUUUCAUAAAAUAAGGCUGGUUUUCAGGAUUGGAAGAUUUGGCUAUGAGUAGCAGAUUGAGAUAUUUGUAGGGCUUUAGAUUACUAUAUUUGGGCAACUUAUUACUUUUUAGGUCACUUUAAAACUUUAAAUAAUUUCAGCUCUAUUUCAAAGAAUUCUCUUUAGACUUUAUAAAACUUAUCUGGCAACCUGUGAGGUUCUUACUGGACACCUGCCAUUUACCUACCUGCAGUUUGCUUAUAUUAUUAUUAUUAUUAAUUAAUUAAAAUAGCAUUCUGUAUAAAUAAUCGUAUUUCAUUUGCUUAAUAAAUUACAUCAGUUACACAUCAUUUGGCAUAUUAUACAAAAAUAUAUAAAUCUCAGAUAAUUCAAAGUUAUGAUUUUGGAUCUCGAUGGAGUAAUACUCUGGAUUUCGAACAUGAGUAUUUCUGAAUGAAUUACUGGUUUAUUGAGCAUCUUGGGCAAGAAAUUUAUCUAUUUUAAGUGCACAUUCAAGUUAAUUCUCUGGACAGUUUUGAACUAUUAAGUAGUUAAAUGUUAACUCUUCACAAAUAUGUACCUGUAUAGUUUUUGAGAAUAUUUUUAGUAAACUAAGUAUUGUGUA